AUGCGAUCUCUCCAACAGCCCAAAACCGCCGUCAAACCCGUCACGGGCAAGCCCCUCCACAAAUUCUUCAUCGACUACUCUGUCCCCGUCAACGAUGGAGUCUUCGACGCAGCUUCGUUCGAGAAGUUCUUGCAUGAUCGUAUCAAGGUAGAGGGUAAAGCGGGUCAGCUCGGUGAAGCUGUUGUUAUUACCAGAGAAGGGAACAAGAUUGUCAUCGCCGCUUACAUUCCCUUCUCUAAGCGAUACCUCAAGUAUUUGACCAAGAAAUACCUGAAGAAGAACAUGCUCGAGAAUUUUCUUCGUGUCGUCGCUGUCGCCAAGGACACCUACGCUCUGCGAUACUUCAAGGUUGACCAGGACGAUGCCGAAGACGACGAGUAA